AGGAUACUACAAGCCGAGCUCAAUGAGUUGACCAGAAACGAUAAGGUCUUCACUUCACAGUUGUGACUACAAAUGAAUAAUAUAAAGGUGGCUUUGUGGAAAGCGUUGCUAGCUCCAACCUAUUAUUACCUAAGAAACACUUCAAUUUUGAGAGAGAAGAUGCUUCAUAAUCUAUUGCUUCUCUUUGUUUUCGUCAUUACUUGUUUUAGAUAUCUAAUACUGGCCACUGCCACCGCCACCGCCGGAGUAAUCAACAAUAAUGAUCUCCAAAGAAGAAAACUGGCCACCGACGAAAAUCCAGGUUUCGUAAGCAUUGAUUGUGGGGUGGAGGAUGACUACUUCGACAAUUCAACUGGGAUACGGUUCAAGUCAGAUACAGAAUUCAUCAGCAGUGGCGAAAACCACGAUACGUUUCCAGAAUACUUUUUAAACAAUGAACAAUUCGGAAAGCGUUACGAGACCGUGAGGAGUUUUCCGAAUGGAAUGAAGAAUUGCUACACCCUCAAACUUGAACAAGCUACAAACAACAGCUUCCGAAUCAGAGCUUCCUUUGCUUACGGGAACUACGAUCGCAAGAAUAAUAUCCCCAAGUUCGACUUGUAUCUCGGGGUUAAUUACUGGACAACCGUGAAUCUCACAAACUUUGAAGGGUUUUUCUACGAAAUUAUUCACGUUUUUCCUGCAGAUACUGAGUAUGUGUGUCUUGCGAACACUGGUACUGGAACUCCUUUUAUUUCUGCAUUGGAGAUUCGACCUUCAAACAUUUCAACUUAUGGAAAUGGGUCUUCAUUGGAACUAAUAAACAUAGGGUUGUACGACCUAAGCUCCUACCCUGGUCAGUCGCCUGGUGUCAGGUACAAGGAUGAUAUUUAUGACCGUGUCUGGUAUCCCUCCCAACUUCCACGUUCUGUUCCAAUUAAUACCUCAUCGGAUAUUGAUACUCAAGGCAGCGGUAAUUUGUAUAAACUACCUGUUGAGGUCUUGAGAACAGCUGUUCGGCCCUUUAAUGGCUCCAAUUCCUUGAGUUACUCAUCCUCUUUUGCUUCUAGCUAUGACUAUAAUCUUUACUUUCACUUUGCUGAACUUGAGUUUUUUGAGGAUAAACAGAGAGAAAUAAGUAUAACUGUGAAUGGUAUCACGCAAGGACCUUUCACUCUUGAAUACUUAAAACCAUUGUCCAUAAGUUUCCAGAGAUUGCGGACAGUUGAAGGGAACAUCACUUUUACUAUUUCUACAACAAUGGAGUCUGGCCUUCCUCCAAUCCUCAAUGCGCUUGAGUAUUACCAACUUAAACAAUUCACCGAUUCCGCUACAGACUCAUCAGAUGUUAAUGCUAUCAUGUCCAUAAAGCAUACAUACAAUAGAGAUGACUGGCAAGGAGACCCAUGCCUCCCAAAAGGCUAUUCAUGGAGUGGUCUGAGCUGCCAUUUUGGCAGUCCUCCAAGGAUAAUCUCACUGAACCUGAGUUCAAGUAAAUUAACAGGGGAGAUAUCUCCAUCGCUGGCUCAUCUCCUGGAGCUACAGUCUAUUGAUUUAUCAUACAAUGAUUUGACUGGAUCUGUGCCAGAUGUUUUAGCAACUUUGCCAAAAUUGAAAUCCCUAAAUAUAUCGGGAAACAAGCUCAAGGGUCCAAUUCCCCAAUCUCUCAAGGAUAAAUCUGAUCAUGGGUCACUGCUUCUAAGUUUCGAUGAAAACCAAACAUCAUGUCAUAGGGAUCCUUGUGAAGGAAAUAGCAAGAAGUUUAUUGUUCCAGUUGUCGUAUCCAUUAUAGCUGCUGUGGCCCUUGUUAUCCUCCUAAGCGUUCUAUUCAUCUUUCAUAGGAAAAGAAAGAAAAAACAAACUGUUAAUAAUACCACUGCAUCGAAUAAGGAAGGGUUUUUGAAGUCCAAGAAUCAGCCAUUUACUUACUCUGAGAUUGUUACAAUUACUGCUAACUUUAAGACCGGAAUUGGAGAGGGCGGGUUCGGAAAGGUGUUCCAUGGUCACCUAAACGAUGGCACGCCAGUAGCAGUGAAGUUGCUUUCUUCAUCAUCAAAGCAAGGAUACAAGGAAUUCCAAGCAGAGGCGCAAUCUUUGAUGAUCGUACAUCAUAAGAACCUUGUUUCUCUAAUCGGUUACUGCAAGGAGGAUGAUCACAUGGCACUUGUUUAUGAGUUCAUGUCUAAUGGAAACCUGAGGCAGCAUUUAUUUUCGACAAAUACAACUGUUUUAAAUUGGAACCAAAGACUUCAAAUUGCGGUAGAUGCUGCACAAGGGUUGGACUAUCUGCAUAAUGGCUGUAAGCCACCCAUAGUCCACAGAGAUCUAAAACCUUCCAACAUCUUAUUGACUGAAAACAUGCAAGCAAAGAUAGCUGAUUUUGGGUUGUCUAGAGCUUUCUCUAUGGAUACCAGUACCUCUUCGAUAUCCACUGCCCUUGCUGGCACCCCUGGAUAUAUUGACCCUGAGUUGCAUGCAUCAGGAACCUUGAACAAGAAAAGUGAUGUUUACAGCUUCGGUAUAAUCCUAUUUGAGCUAAUCACUGGGCUGCCUGUACAAAUAAAAAACACUGAGCACAUCAUGCACAUAGUUGACUGGGUGACACCUAUGAUUGAGGAGGGAGAUAUUCGAAAGAUCAUUGAUCCUAGAUUGGGAAAUGAUUUCGAUGUCAAUGCCGCCUGGAAAGCUGUGGAAAUAGCUAUGUGGUGUGCACAACGAACUUCAAAACAAAGACCAGACAUCAGUCAAGUAAUAGCAGAACUGAAGGAAUGUAUUGGAAGAAAUGAUCAGAAUGUCCAAAUUGAGAUGACUUCGUUGGAGAUGGCGUCAUACUCAUAUACGCUUCCCAGGGCUAGGUAGUGAGAGUUCUUUCGGACCAAAAUUCGUUGGAAUUGUAAUUUCUUAAAAACACAUUUUAGUAGCAUUCUAUGGCUAGUAUCUUUAUCACCAAACUCUUGGUGUGGGUGCAUGCGUCCGUCUCUCUGUGUAUUUCAAAUGAUAAUUUUAACUACAAAUCAUCUUUGUAAUAGAAUUUGUAACAUUUCCACAUCUGAAUAUUCAAUGAUCAAAUUUUGUUUGUAUACAA